AUGAGUACCAAAGUAGAAACGAAAUCAAAGGGCACCUUUCAGCCGGACUCAGAUGUUCACAUCACGUACGAGGACCAGAUGAAAAUAAAUAAGUUCGCCAACUACAACGCGAAGGUAGAGGAUUUGAAAGAGGAGUUGCGCAUCAAACAGAACGAAAUGAAAAAUCUCGAAGAAGCGGUAGAUGAAAUUGAGCUGCUGUACGAAGACGUUCAGAUCCCUUUCCUGAUGGGCGACGUGUUCCUUUCGCACGAUCAGGCCAAAACGCUCGAACUGUUGGCUGAAGCAAAGGAGCGGAAAAAGAAAGAAAUCAACUAUAUUCAGCAGACAAACCGGGAUCUGCAGCAAAAGAUGGGUGACCUGAAGGGCUAUCUGUACGGACGUUUCGGCAGCAACAUUCAUUUGGAAAACGAUGAAUAA